UUAUAAGGCUAUACGUGUUGAGCCCAACGAAUGAUCGCCACAUCAAUCUAAUGAUUUAAAUUUUCCAGAAAACAAACCACGACGUAGCCAGCGACCACAGCAAUUCCUCCAACUCGCCUUCUCCAGACUCCAUUGACGCCCUCUCUUGUUCGCCUGAAAGUCAAACAUUUGGAAGAAAUCGUUUGCAAAAAUGGAGGAAAAAAGAGAACGGAAAAGAUUGAUACAGAUCUAUAUGGUAUUUGGACUCUUAUUGAGCUGUUACGUUUCCAAUCUAUCGGCUCUUUCCAUCACUGUAAAUGAUAUGGAGUGUGUGUAUGAGUAUGUUCUUUACGAAGGUGAUACUAUUUCUGGUAACUUUGUUGUUGUUGAUCAUGAAAUCUUCUGGAGUUCCGAUCAUCCUGGCAUUGAUUUUACGGUGACUUCUCCAGCAGGUAAUGUUGUCCACACUCAAAAAGGAACAUCUGGUGACAAGUUUGAAUUUAAAGCCCCCAGAAGUGGGAUGUAUAAAUUCUGCUUCCACAACCCAUAUUCAGCACCAGAGUCUGUCUCUUUCUACAUUCAUGUUGGUCACAUUCCGAGCGAGCAUAAUCUUGCCAAAGAUGAGCAUUUGGACCCAAUUAAUGUCAAAAUUGCAGAGCUUAGAGAAGCAUUAGAGUCUGUUACAUCAGAGCAGAAGUAUUUAAAAGCGCGUGAUGCACGUCAUCGUCAUACAAACGAGAGUACUAGAAAGCGUGUGAUCUUCUAUACAUUGGCUGAAUACUUGAUGCUGAUUGUAGCUAGUGGGCUUCAAGUGAUAUAUAUACGCCAGUUGUUCAGCAAGUCUGUCGGUUACAACCGUGUUUGAGUAGUUCUCUAUUUCUUUAUUUGUUGUUAUUCAACAACAAUGCCUUAGCCUUAAUCCCAAAAGAUUGAGGCGGUUAAUUUAUUGUCAUUCUGUAGAUUUAGAUACGAAAACGGAGUAGACAAUUAGGUUUGUUUUAUAGAUGUUUUACGUUCUCAAUAUGUGCAUGUAAGAAGGUUAUUUACGUUCCAUAAACUUUCAUUGAUUAGAAUGAUUGAGAGUUUGAGACUGGAUUAAUUCGUUUCUUUGAAUCAAAGGAAACGUUGUCUAUUAGAAUUGUAGAAGUGACUUCACUUUACAUAA